AGAGAUCAUCGGCGAAGCAUCGCGCACACACGCCCACUCUCAAGCGCCGGUUUUCUCUACCGCAUCGGCAAGCUUCGUGAAGCUCCCGUGUCCCCUUCGACAAAGUUCCUUUCUUUUCUUCAGGGUUCACACAACCCUGGUGCGUCGAAACGGGGAACAACACCAGGUUGUUGCUCGCCCAGUUCGUCUCACGGGAGCCGCGUUCUUUAGUUGCGUGCCCUUUUGGAAGAGGGAAAUCGUGGAGGCAAGCCUCGAGAUGUUGUUGUGAUUGUGGAAUUUGUUCUCGUGAAGCAGAGGAAGAAGAAGAUUGGAGCCGUAGUAGGGGAGGGGCAGGAGGUGAUCAGUCGUUGAGAGAUUGGCAUUAGCUUUUGGAUUUGAAGAGAUUGGCUGCCGGAAAGCUUCUUUUUGUCGGGUUUCUCAACUUGGUAUUUAGAGUUGAAGAUGUCAUGCUUGGAUAGUAGACCUGGUAGUGGAUUUGGGGAUUGAUACGAAAGCAGGCAUCCUCGAUACAGGCGCUCAGGAUACGUCAAGAAGUUUCGAGAACUACGACACUGUGUGAGGAAUUUAGAUUGACAUCGGCAGCAGUUGCAGUCUUAUAAUUUCACCAAGUGGUAGUGGGAAAUUGCAGUAGUGUUCGCAAUAUCUCAGCAUUUUGGAACAUUGUCGAUAUUUGAGGAGCGACACUUAUUAUCGAAAAGUCGUUGCUGAAUAGAUCAAGGUUGUCUGGAAGUUGCCUCUGAGGAGAUUGGAAGGACUCUGUAGGAAGUUAAGAUAGGAAAUCUAGGAGAGGAAUUAAUACUGCUUCAAUAUGAGCUUUGUAUUUAGAGGAGCCCGGCCCGAUCUGGAGGGAGGGCUGGCAGGUUUUAUGCCUGAGCGGCGUUCUGUGGCUGGACAUAGAUUUCAUGCGACUGGGCGUCCUGUCAAUACCAAUCCGAUGGCAUUUCUAAUUACAGUGGCUUUGUUAUUUAUGAUUCUCAAUUCUCAACAAAUGUCCCAAAACCUAAUGCUUUGGAUUGGUAUGGGUGUAUUUUUAUUGGCUUCAAGCUUACGCAUGUACUCUAUAUGUCACCAACUUCAAUCUCAGGCGCAAGCAGCUGCAGCAGCGGCGACUACGGGUGGAUUACUAAGCCACACAGAGCUCCGCCUACGUAUGAUCCCCACUCUAUCUUUUGCCCCCAGAGGCCGGCUUCACGGUCUGCGUUUGCAGCUUGCCCUACUUGACAGGGAAUUUGAUGACCUAGAUUACGAUGCUCUGAGAGCAUUGGAUGGAGACAACCCUCCUGGUGUCGCAGGCAUGAGUGAUACAGAUAUCAGCAGAUUGCCAGUUCGUAUGUACAAAGGUUCCGUCCAGAAACCGGCAGCUGAUCAAUCACAGCCAAGCAGCAAAGGGGAAGAUCCACCUUGUGAGGAGGUCGUAGUCGACAUUGUCGAUGCAAGUUUGGAAUCAGUCGAUGAAGGGAAGCAGAAUGUAGUUGAGGAGGAGUUGACGUGCAGCGUGUGUUUGGAGCAAGUGGUGGAUGGGGAAAUAAUUCGAACACUUCCAUGUGUACACCAAUUCCAUGCCGCUUGCAUCGACCAGUGGUUGAAGCAACAAGCCACUUGCCCCGUGUGUAAAUUUAGGAUACGUGAACCUGAAACUCCCACGGCGACUGCACUUGUUAUGCGAAGUUGAUUAGUCUGUCCAUUCUGGAGUUAGGGUCCACGACAUUUUUGUCAGUGAUCUCAGAAAGAAGUGUACAUUUUGAGCACAGUAAGCACCUUGGAGAGAAAACUGGGCGGUAAGUACGAUAUUCGGUUAGCAUGGAAUGAGCUGAGAAUUUUGGAGGCAGUAAGUUCAGACACAUUGUUUGGUGUGCAAGACUGAGUUCUUUUGCGAAAACGCUUAAAUAAAUAGUUAGGUUUCCAUGAAUUAAAUGCAAGAGUUCUCAUCAAUUGCAA